ACAACAUUCCGAAUCACUUGGUUGAUACGGAGGUUUCUAUUAAGGUUUAUCGCAAGGAAGUGAAGAAAAGCGAUACUCUUUAUGCUGACCUCUUGAUAGUCGAGGUCGAACCUGCCGAUAAUGCAAAGCGGAAUCGCUUUAUUUUCGAGUUCAAGAGUAAAGGAGUCAACUUCUUGGACUUGCAAAUCGGAGGUAUUAAUUCUAACUGGGACGUGAUGGAACGAAAAGCAAACAAUGUUGAAACAAUGUCAAGAAAAGAUGUACUUCAAUUGAAGUGUAACAAUUCGGAAAAAUUUGAUAAUGGCAAGACUAUGAGGGAAAUUUUCAAUGGUGCCUGUGAACAACUCCUCAAUUACGUUUCCAAUUUAAAAGAUGAUGAUCGUCAAAAUCAUCGCGAAUUUAUCACUUUGGCAUUUGUCGUGAUGGCAGUGGGCUCGAGAAAGUUAUUAUGGAAAAAAUUGGCUUGA